AUGUUAAAGAUUUUGAUUUUAGUCUUUCCUUUCUUCUUCCCAAUUUGCAGUUCUUUUACUGAAAUCUUAAAACAAAAUCAAUCCGUCAAAGACGGCCAAACUUUGAUAUCCAAAGAAAAGAACUUAUCCAUUGGCUUUUUUAGCCCAACCAACUCUAGCUAUCGUUAUCUCGGUAUUUGGUUCACUAAAGUGACAGAACAAACUCUAGUGUGGGUUGCAAAUAGGAAUGAUCCUUUCAAUGAUUCCUCGGGAGUUCUCUCAGUCAACCAAGAUGGAAACCUUGUUUUCCAUGACAGCUUUAACCGUCCUCUCUGGUCUACAAAUGUUUCAGUUCAAGGGCAAGCCUCCACUGCAGCUCAGCUCCCAGAUUCAGGAAACCUAGUACUGGUCGAGGAAAACAACAAAAAUGUGUUAUGGCAAAGCUUUGACUAUCCUACAGACACUUUGCUGCCAAACAUGCCGCUUGGUUUGAAUCGGAGAACCAGGCUCAACAGAUUCUUAACAUCUUGGAAGUCCCGAGCUGAUCCCGGAACUGGGGACUGUAUCUUUAAGCUAAAUCUUACUGAGGCACCACAGUUCUUCUUGUACAAGGGUUCAAUCCCAUAUUGGCGAACUGGACCGUGGCCAUGGAGGUCCUCUGCAAUAAAAUCCGAUUUUAAGAUCAAUUACACCAACAAUGGAGAUGAGAUAGCUUACAAAUACUUCUUCGACGACUCCACAAUCAUCACAAGAUUAGUGGUAGACAACUCUGGAUUGCUCCACCACUUUGUAUGGAAUGAUGGUGAACAUCGAUGGAAGGCCUUCUGGUCAGCACCCAUAUAUCGGUGUGAGAAGUAUGGACAGUGUGGCGCGUACAGUAUUUGUAACCCAGAAGAUAUUGUUUUGCAAUGUUCAUGUCUCCCAGGGUAUGACCCAAAGUCUCCGAGGCAGUGGUAUCUUAGAGAAGGUUCUGAGCUAGGUUGUGUAAGAAAGAAGUUGGGUUUGUCUAUGUGUGGGAAUGGAGAAGGGUUUGUGAAGAUGGAGCGUGUGAAGGCUCCAUUUUCACCUGUCGCAGGUCAGAUGUAUUUGAGUAUGAUGGGCUAUGAAGCAUGCAAGCAAGCUUGCUUGAGGAAUUGUUCUUGCACAGCUUUUACAAGCUUGAAUGAUGGGAAAGAAACUAAUUGCUUGCACUGGUAUGGAGAGUUGAUGGAUCUUGAAGUGCAUUAUGAUGAGAAUGACCCAAGUGUAUAUGUUCGUGUGGAUGCAGCAGAUUUAGCUAAGAAUACAAGGAAGUCCACAGGUUUUUUUGGGAAUAAGGGGAGGCUAGCUUUAGUAGUAAUGUCCAUUACUGUGCCAUUGUUGCCAGUAAUGUUACUAGCCCAAAUAUGGCUAAGGAAGAAGAAGAAAACGAGAGUGAAGAGAAAAUUGCACAAUCAGUCAAUAUGUUUUAUUGGUACCAAAGGCUCUUUGGAGGGAAAUGAGCUCGAGGAUAGUAAUACAAACCUAGGUCAACCCAUUUUCGAUCUAAGCUGCAUAGUUGCUGCCACAGAUAAUUUGUCUCCAGCCAAUAAACUUGGUCAAGGUGGUUUUGGCCCUGUUUUUAAGGUAUAUACGGUGACAACUCAUGAUUGUUAUCUUGGUCAAUUACCUAAUGGACAACAUAUAGCUGUAAAAAGGCUAUCCAAGAGUUCAAGACAAGGAAUAGAAGAAUUCAAAAAUGAAGUUAAGUUGAUCGCGAAACUUCAACACAGAAAUCUUGUCAAAAUGAUAGGUUGUUGCAUUCAAGGGGAAGAAAAGAUGCUGAUUUACGAGUACAUGCCCAACAAAAGCUUGAACUUCUUUAUUUUUGAUCCUACAAGAAGUUCAUCCCUGAAUUGGAGCAAACGCUUUGAAAUAAUCAUUGGGAUCGCUCGUGGGAUUUUGUAUCUUCAUCACGACUCGAGAUUGAGAAUUAUCCAUAGGGAUCUUAAAACAAGCAAUAUUCUACUUGAUGAUGAGAUGAACCCCAAAAUUUCAGAUUUUGGUAUUGCUCGCAUAUUCAAGGGGGACCAAAUUCAUGACAGGACAAACAAGGUUGUCGGAACAUAUGGUUAUAUGUCACCAGAGUAUGCAAUAUUUGGAAAAUUUUCGACAAAAUCAUAUGUCUUUAGUUUUGGUGUAAUAUUAUUGGAGAUCGUAAGUGGUAAGAAGAAUAGUAAUUCUUAUAUGGAGCAUCAUUCCCUAACUUUGAUAGGGCAGGUACGUAACUAAAAACAAUAAUAUUUACCAUUUAUAUCCUCAAAUUUAGAUACCUUCUUAUUGAAACCCAAAGUUUUCAAGCAUGGGAGAGAUA